GCUGAAGAUUCGUCAAGGGCGAGCACUGAGGUAAACAAAGCAAACUCGAUCGUGCAUUUUUCUUCAAUUGCAUAUCAACAGGCGAUGAGUGAACUAUGCGAGACAAAAGGAAGAAACAGAUUGAAGUUGGUAACAAGAAGCGAGAUGUUACAGAUGGAAGGAGAGCAUGUGAUCAACAUCAGAUAAGAGGUAGACCUUUUAUGUAUUUAGCAUGCCACACUGUAGCAGUUUUGGCAGUGUAUAUUUACACCAUGUAUCCAACAGUUCCUGGAGGUGACUCGGGGGAAUUGAUUGUAGCUGCACAUGAAUUAGGGGUUGCCCAUCCCCCUGGAUACCCAUUGUUUACAUUGUUACUAUGGUCAGCUAUGAAGUUUAUACCAUUUGGUAGUGUAGCAUGGAGAGCUAACCUACUUAACGCUGUACUCUCAGCAGGAGCUACUCUCAUGUUCUCCCUCACCAUAUACAGGUAUACUAGAAGUGUGGGAAUUUCAGUUAUUGGAGCGUCAAUGUGGUCAUUAAACAAGCUGACAUGGACCUGGUCUACCACUGUAGAAGUGUUCAGUCUGAACAACCUGUGUAUAGCUACACUGCUCUAUCUCAUGGUAGAGUUUGAAACUGUGCAAACAGACAAGAAAGUCAGGGUAGCGUAUUUGGGAUCGUUCAUGUGUGGUAUAACACUAUGUAACCAGCACACCAGUGUGGUAUAUGUGGCAGUGAUAGCAAUCUGGGUUCUCCUGGAGCUUCUCAAGGUCAAGAAAUUGUCUGCUGGUAUUUUGCUGCUUAUUUCUGUGAGCUUCCUAUGUGGUCUGGUUCCCUACAUCUAUCUACCAGUAUCAUCAUGGUUGCUUUCAGCUAGAUAUACUUGGGGGAACCAGGCAAACCUUGAAGGUUUCCUAAAACAUCUACUCAGGCAGGAAUAUGGAACAUUCAGUCUUGCUAAACAGGAAGAUGGUACAGGUCAUAGUAUUGUUGAUGGAUUAAGAACCUAUGUUUGGCAUGUACUGUCACAGUUUACAGUUGUUGGGGCAGUAUUGGCAGUGUUUGGCGCUGUAUAUGCAAAGAAAGGUUCCAGGUAUGGUACAAGUUUGAUUGUUUCCAUGGUGAUGUGUCUGUUAUAUUUGAUACUGUUUUCCUGGAGAGCCAACUUGAAUCUUGAUAAUCAACUUUACCUUGGUGUGGUUGAGAGAUUCUGGAUGCAGUCAGACAUGAUCAUUGUUUUGCUAGCAGUUGUUGGUCUUUCUUCAGUAUUUAGGAUGUUAGAAACAACAUUCUCCUCAAAAAGAAUAUCAGUCAUGGAAAUAUCUUUGGCAGCUGCAGUGUUUUCCAUGUACAUUGGUAAGAAUUUGUCGGACUGUAACCAAGGAAACAGUACAGUAGUUGCAGAGUUUGGGUCCCGGCUUUAUCGUAAUAUGCCACAAAAUGCUCUAGUCCUGACAGUAGGUGAUCUCCCUUCUAAUGUACUCAGGUAUUUGUAUUUGUGUGAAAAUAAUCGACCAGAUGUCACAGUACUUGAUCAGGAGUUGAUGACAUAUCCAUGGUAUGUUCCAAUGUUAAGACACACCUAUCCCAGUGUUACAUUUCCUGGCCACCAUAUGGAGGCACAGACUGGACUACUGGACACAGGCCAACGUGUGUUCAACUUUAAAACUUUUCUUGAUGCAAACAUAAAGAGGAGACCAGUUAUAGGAUGUAUAGGUAUACAGAAGCGUGAGAAAUCAUGGGAGCAAAGUUAUCAUUUAUUUCCCUAUGGACCUUGCUCACUGGUGAUGAAAGCUGGGGGAAAACUUGAUAUAAACACCAUACAGAACAGUGCAGAGAAUAUUUCAGCUGGCUGGGAGUACCCUUAUGAAGGAUUUGAUGCAAAAUCGUGGGAAAGAGUCGCUACAAAUGAGAUGUGGAAUGCAAAAGUGAACAUAGCCUUAAAGUUGUAUGAAAUGGCUGUAGUGUUGAAGGAGACAGAUACAAUGUAUUCAGAACUGAUGAUCAAAUCUUAUGAGCUGUACAAGAAAGCAGUAGAGAAGGAAACACUAGAAGCUAUCCCUGACUACUGGCACAGAAACUACGCACUGGCAUGUGAACGUAUGCUCAGAAUCAAACAUAAAUAUUCACUCAGUGACAUUGUCAAUGACACUAUAUUCCAUUUUGAAGUGUAUAUACAGAAAACACCUACAGAUGAAAGUGUGCCAAUUAUAAAACAAUCUAUACAAAAUUUGAAAUUGUAUGUUGGUAAAUUGUAGCAUUUAUACUCAAUCAGGAGUUGAAUCUCUAUACUGUGAUAUUUGAUUGAUUAACAUGGAAUUUUAUAUGAGUUUGAAAGGAUCGCUUUACCAUAUACUAGAUGAUAUUGUUCUUUUAAUAUACAGUGGUUAAAGUUACAAAAUGUUUUGUAUCCUGGUUUUUAUACAAUGGAGCAGUAUUUUAGUGCUAGUCCAAAAAUCAAAACUUUUUUACUUUUUAGCAUAGUUUUGAUAAAGUGUGAUACCAAUGAACAUUUCUUAAAUUAGAGCACACAAAAUGUGCACAGUAUAUGGGAAUCACUCCAGGUACUAUCAUAAAUUCAGAUACACCUUGGUUAAAGUCUUUCUCUUUAUCUCUGUAAUUACUAGAUGGAUUUGUUUCAAACUUAAAAUAGUUAUUUCUCAUCAUAACUCAUAUCUUAUGGCACAAGGGCCAUAACUCUCACACCAAUAUUGUAUGAAUUAUCACCCCUUUUACUUAGAAAUUCAGGUUAAAGUUUUGAUGUACUUUCACUCUAUCUCUGUUAUCACUAAAUGGAUUUGAUUCAAACUUAAAAUUGUUAUUCCACCUCAUCACCCACAUCAUAUGACACAAUGUCAAUAACUCUAGCAGCAAUUUUUCAUGCGUUAUGCCCCCCCCCUUUUUUUACUUAGAAUUUCAGGUUAAAAGUUUCGUGCAAUUUUACUCUAUCUCAGUUAUUAUGUCUCCCCACACUGGGGGAGACAUAUUGUUUUUGCCCUGUCCGUCCGUAUGUCACACCUCAUUUCCGGUCAAUAACAGGAGAACCAUUGACCUAUAACCUUCAAACUAUAUAGGAUGGUAGGGCUUAUGGAGUAGGCGGCUGCUAUUGUUUUUGGGGUCACUCCAUCAAAGGUCAAGGUCACAGGGGCCUGAACAUGGAAAACCAUUUCCGAUCAAUAACUGGAGAACCACUUGACCCAGAAUGUUGAAACUUCAUAGGAUGAUUGGUCAUGCAGAGUAGAUGACCCUAUUGUUUUUGGGGUCACUCCAUCAAAGGUCAGGGUCACAGGGGCAAGAACAUGGAAAUGAUUUCCGAUCAAUAACAUGAGAUCCACUUGACCCAGAAUG